CUACGAAGAUAACAUCUUCUGUACAUUUGCCGAUGACAUCUAGCUUUACCUGGUGGCACUGUGGAGGGGGCUGAGAGCUGAGAAGACAGGUCGGAGCCAGAGCGUACGAACUUGUACGCAAAAACUGGAAAAAUGUUUUCUUCGCUAGCAAUUACACGUAACCUUAAGCAAGGGCUAAGGAUCCUCUCAAAAACCUCCGAGACAUCCCUCCUCCCAGCAAUAACACACAUUCAACAUGUCUCAACAACCCCAGAAGCGAAAGCAGAUGCGGUACCAGCAAAAAAGGAGAAAGCCCCUUACAGCCCUUUCCAAAACACCAACAACAUGGCAGAGUAUGCACUGGCCCGUGUGGACGAUCUCCUGAAUUGGGGGCGUAAGGGAUCGAUCUGGCCCCUAACCUUCGGCCUCGCAUGCUGUGCUGUGGAGAUGAUGCACAUUGCUGCUCCCAGAUACGACAUGGACAGAUUUGGUGUCGUGUUCAGAGCGUCUCCAAGGCAAGCUGAUGUUAUCAUUGUAGCUGGAACACUGACGAAUAAAAUGGCACCUGCGUUGAGAAAAGUUUAUGAUCAAAUGCCUGAGCCCAGGUGGGUCAUCUCCAUGGGUAGCUGUGCUAAUGGAGGAGGGUAUUAUCACUACAGUUAUUCGGUUGUCCGAGGAUGCGAUCGAGUUAUUCCUGUGGACAUAUACGUACCUGGUUGUCCCCCAACAGCUGAGGCUCUCCUAUACGGUGUUCUCCAACUUCAGAAGAAAGUAAAGAGAAUGGAAACUACCCAAGUCUGGUACAGGAAGUAAUUUAACGAUAACCUAGGAUAUAGUCGUCACCACUAAUUAAAUAAAUUUGAACCCGAUGGAUCGUUUUUGUAGUCAGCAAUUAUAGUCGUAAUCGAGUCAACUACGAUGUUUUUUCUAAUAAAAGCGCCGUUGUACAUCCAGAUUACGACGAAAAUACCUGUAAUGUUGAAUAAAUUUACGAUUGUUUUUUUUCUUGAA